AUGGCUACCGAGUUGACCGUCCAGUCCGAGAGGGCUUUCCAGAAGCAGAAGGGUAUCUUCCUUAACCAGAAGGUCAAGGCGAAGUCUGCUCGCCCCGGCAAGAGCGGCCGCAGAUGGUACAAGGACGUUGGCCUGGGUUUCCGCACCCCUAUCACUGCCAUUGAGGGCUCCUACAUCGGAUCGUCUCCAGACAAGAAGUGCCCCUUCACCGGCCAGGUCUCUAUCCGCGGCCGUAUCCUCACCGGCACUGUCGUUUCCACCAAGAUGCACCGCACCCUCAUCAUCCGCAGAGAAUACCUCCACUACAUUCCCAAGUACGCCCGUUACGAGAAGCGCCACAAGAACCUCGCCGCCCACGUCUCCCCCGCUUUCCGUGUUGAGGAGGGUGACCAGGUCACCGUUGGCCAGUGCAGACCUCUGAGCAAGACUGUCCGCUUCAACGUCCUGCGCGUCCUUCCCCGCACCGGCAAGGCUGUCAAGAAGUUCAGCAAGUUCUAA